CAACUGCGUUUCCCCUCCAGUCAGCAGACGGCGAUGUGCGUCUUUCAGGCGACGCUGCCAGCGUGACGUAUAAUCUAGUGGACGGUUCUUCAUAAACAGCUCGUCAACCACCUCGGUAGCUUGCUAGCCAACAUAGCCGAAAGAUUCAAGCUAUUUCUACGCUUUCGGUGUAUAUUAGCUACUGUGUUUUCGACACACUUAGGUCGUAUCUACUUGUUAACCUAUUUAAUUUAAUAUUACGUUAUUUUGUAUUAGUCAGCUAUAGUAGCUGGCUGGUUAAGUUAGCACUAGCGUAGUCGCUAAGGAUAGCUAGCUAGCUAACAUCCCUGGACAUGAGCUCCCUAAACUACUCCCCUCUUGUUAAAGAAGAGGUUAUCUGGACGGAGAAUGAAGCUCUGGGGCUGAACAUUGUCGUUAAAGAGGAGAAGGAAGAAGAGGAUGUCACAGUGAAACAAGAAGAGAAAGACGUUUCAGUGAAAGAGGAGGAAGACGCGUUCAGAGUGAAAGAGGAGGAGGAUGUGAAAGAGGAGGAUGUAGUUUUUGGUGUGAAAGAGGAGGAGGGGGAGAUUACUGUCACAUUGGAGGAAGAAGACGAGGUUGGAGAUCUGUUUAACACCAGAGAGAUACGGGACCAUCGUGGGUCCUCUGGGGAGCAUCAACAACCUCAUGAUGCUGACGAGGCAGAGAAGAGUCUCUCCAGAUCAGAACGCCUCAAUAAACACCUGCAGAGAUCCACAGGGAAGAGAACUCACUGCUGCUCUGACUGUGGGAAGAGAUUCACCUCAUCAGGCAUUAAAAUUCAUCAAAGGAUCCACACAGGAGAGAAACAUUAUAGCUGUGAUCAAUGUGGGAAGAGUUUUGGUAGAUCUUGCCAUCUAACUCAACAUCUGAGAAUACACACAGGAGAGAAACCUUAUAGCUGUGGUCAAUGUGGGAAGUGUUUUACUACAUCUAACAAUCUGACUCGACACCAGAGAACCCACACAGGAGAGAAACCAUAUAGCUGUGAUCAAUGUGGGAAGAGUUUUGCUGCAUAUAGCAUUCUGACUCUACACCAGAGAAUACACACAGGAGAGAAACCUUAUAGCUGUGGUCAAUGUGGGAAGAGUUUUGCUGCAUAUAGCAUUCUGACUCUACACCAGAGAAUACACACAGGAGAGAAACCUUAUAGCUGUGGUCAAUGUGGGAAGAGUUUUACUACAUCUGGGUCUUUGACUCAACACCAGAGAAUACACACAGGAGAGAAAUCUUACAGCUGUAAUCAAUGUGGGAAGUGUUUUACUACAUCUAAUCAUCUGACUCGACACCAGAGAAUGCACACAGGAGAGAAACCUUACACCUGUGAUAAAUGUGGGAAGUGUUUUACUACAUCUAACCAUCUGACUCAACACCAGAGAAUACACACAGGAGAGAAACCUUACACCUGUGAUAAAUGUGGGAAGUGUUUUACUACAUCUAACCAUCUGACUCGACACCAGAGAACACACACAGGAGAUAAACCUCAUAGCUGUGAUCAAUGUGGGAAGAGUUUUACUACAUCUAGCUAUCUGACUAUACACCAGAGAACACACACAGGAGAUAAACCUCAUAGCUGUGAUCAAUGUGGGAAGAGUUUUACUCAUUCUAGUCAACUGAUUAGGCACCAGAGAACACACACAGGAGAGAAGCCUUACAGCUGUGAUCAGUGUGGGAAGAGUUUUACUACAUCUAGCUAUCUGACUAUACACCAGAGAAUACACACAGGAGAGAAACCUCAUAGCUGUGAUCAAUGUGACAAGAGAUACUCUGAUAAAAGAUCUCUGAUCAGACAUCAGAAAAUACAUACAUGAAGAAGUUGUUUCAUGAUAUCAAUGAAGUGUUAAUCAAUGGCACAAUGUAGAAUGUUUUAACAUUGUAGUAGUAGUAUUUUAAUGAUGUCACAAUGUAGAACCCUAAACGUUUGUCCCCUGUUCUAUUGAUUUCAACAUGAUAUGGAUAUUAGCCUCAGGGGGAAAAUCCAGGCUCUGAAUUGAAAGAGUAUUAUUUAUGAGAUUUAUCAAAAAGUGACUAACAAAAAAGAGCUGUGUUACACUUACCAUGUUGGUGACCCACUUGAAUCAAAAUGCAACACUUCAAAAUGUUUCUGCAUAUUGGUUAUUGAUUUGGACACGUUAAAACUGUGUUUUGACAUUGCACUAUUCCCAUUUAUCAAAAUGUCAUUCAAAAGACGUUGAAAAUAAGACUAUGCCUGAAGUCCAGUAUAUGUUCUGUCCAGUAUAUGUUCUGUCCAGUAUAUGUUCUGUUGUAGUUGAAAGUGAAAGUUGAAAAGAUGUCUUUUCGGGUUGAUUUUUUUCAAUGACUUAAACUGCUUAAUUUCAACGUACUUGCAGCCGAUACACCUAUAAUCAAUUUUAUUAACAAUCUGACAUCACUCCAGUAUUUCUUUACAACAUUCAAAUGCUAAUUGUCUUUAUUCCACUACUGAAGAAGCAUGACUUAAAUCACCUCAUAUAUUCAAACAUUCAGCCUGACAAAAGAUACAUGUUUUAUUAUUCCAUGCCUCACCAUUAAGUGAAGUAUUGCCAAUACAUAUUAACAAAGGGGUGAACAUUUGGUUUUGAUAUUUCAUAUUAUGUAACAUUUACUAAUCAUAGUUAUUCAUGCAACCAACUUGACAUUUUUGGGUACAAUUAUAUUGACAUUGUUACCCUGCUUUUACAUCCAACAACAUGCCUAUCUAGUGAACCCUGAAAAGAGAGAGAAGCUCUGCAGUGGAAAGUUACUACGGAUAUCGCAGGAGUUUCCUCUUGAAAUCAGACAUGUCCGUGGUAAGGACAACCUGGUUGCUGAUUAUCUCAAGGGGGGGCAGUCAAAUAGAUUUGUGUUUUGCAUUUAGCCAGUGAGUUACCAUGAUCACAAUUUAUUUUGACACGUUUUUCCCGUGUUGGAGAUUAGUUUUAUCUCUUAUUCUUUUCUGUGUUUUUUUGAAACGGCACUGUUAAGGGCUCGUAAGUAAGAGUUCCAGUGUUGUAUCCGGCGCAUGUGACUAAUACAAUUUGAUUUGAGUUUUGUUUGGGCUCGUUCCAAGGGGACGAGAGUUCUAGAAGCUAGUGGGUUUUAGGGAGACGAGAGUUCUAGAAGCUAGUGGGUUUUAGGGAGACGAGAGUUCUAGAAGCUAGUGGGUUUUAGGAUUCUAUGGAAAGAAAAGGGAUUUAAAAAAUUAUACGAUUGCAUAUUAUUAUUUAGAAAUGCGUGUUUUUAAUUGUUGACAGCCAGUAGACACCAUGUUUAUAUUGUAGAAGGUGAAGCAUUGUAGAUGAUUAUGUGAAAUGGAAGUUGUAGAGAUACUCUGAAUGAUUGGCUAUGAAAAGCUAACUGACAUUUACUACUGAGGUGCUGACCUGUUACACCCUCAACAACCACUGUGUUUAUUAAUAUUUGACCCUGCUGGUCAUCUAUGAACAUUUGAACAUCUUGGCCAUGUUCUGUUAUAAUCUCCACCCGGCACAGCCAGAAGAGGACUGGCCACCCCUCAGAGCCUGAUUCCUCUCUAGGUUUCUUCCUAGGUUCUGGUCUUUCUAGGGAGUUUUUCCUAGCCACCGUGCUUCUACACCUGCAUUGCUUGCUGUUUGGGGUUUUAGGCUGGGUUUCUGUACAGCACUCUGUGACAUCAGCUGAUGUGAGAAGGGCUUUAUAAAUACAUUUGAUUGAUUGUACAACUGAAUGCAUUCAACUGAAAUGUGUCUUGGGAGCACUGAUUGGUGUCACCUCGUUAGUCAGUAUGUGUUACACCUGUGCUGGCUUGUCCAUCUCGUUAGUGGGAAGGUGUUUCACCUGAGCUGGUCCAGGUUCUAUUUAAGAGUGUCUGGCCCAGUGCUCCAGUUGUCUUGAUAGAUGUGGAGAGUCAACACCUUUAGUUGCUCCACCUUUUUGGUUUGCUUCCUGUCUUUAAGUUUAUUGUGGGUUUUUCUUUUGUUUUCCUCUUCUUGGGCAGAUUUAGUGGGUCUCAUGGGUGGUGUCUUUUAGGUCCCAGUUGUUGUUACUAGUCAACUUUCAGUGGACACCCCCAUAGUGUCUUUCAGAACCCCUCCUAAAACCCCACCUGUUUAGUUGUCAGUGACUCUGUUAGUUCUAAAAAAACAAGCUUAUAUUUUGGGUUGGGUUGGAUAUAGCAACAUAUUGUUAAUAUUUUAAUCAAUGGCAUUUCCUUUCUUUCUUGCUCAUUAGUCUUUCAGUUGUUUUUCUUCUGUUUUUAUCCUCUUAUGUUUGUGUAUGUAACCGAUGUGAAAUGGCUAGCUAGUUAGCGGUGGUGCGCGCUAAUAGCGUUUCAAUUGGUGACGUCACUCGCUUUGAGACCUUGAAGUAGUGGUUCCCCUUGCUCUGCAAGGGCCGCGGCUUUUGUGGAGUGAUGGGUAACGAUGCUUCAUGGGUGACUGUUGAUGUGUGCAGAGGGUCCCUGGUUCGCGCCCGGGGCGAUGGGACGGACUAAAGUUAUACUGUUACAUGUACUAAAUAUAUCUGUUUAAUUUUCAUAGUUUUUUCCUGUGAAACCAUUGUGUUGCAUCCAUGUCUGACACGUGCUGUAUAAAUAAAGCUUGAUUUGAUUUGAA